AGGUGGCAGUACUCCAAAUUUUCACAAACACAAUCCUGAGGACCGAAGAAGAAAUUGAGCGCGGUAGUUCGACUGUUAGCUUUACCGCUGUUUGGCUUUCUGAUUAGUUAUUUUAGGUUUUGUCGGAUAGUUUUGAAACUUUAACGGCACAAAUAUUGUAUUAUGACUAUUUUGUGUAGUGUUCGGGGCAUUUAACGGGUAACGUUAAACUUAGCGAGUAUUCCCUGACAGUCGCAGUGUGUCCGCCGGGGAAAUCAACACAAAUUAAGUAAAGACAUCAUGGAGCCCCCAGACACCAGAUUCGCUCACCUGCUGCAGCCCAUUCGAGACCUCACGAAGAACUGGGAGGUCGACGUGGCUUCAGAGUUAAAUGAUUACUUAGAAGAGUUGGAGAAGAUGACCAUCACUUUCGAUGACGGGAAAACCAGACUUAACUUUGCGGAAGCAGCGUUGGUGAUUCAGGGCUCAGCCUGCAUAUACAGCAAGAAAGUGGAGCUCCUGCACAGCCUGGUCUAUCAAACUCUUGAGUGCAUCAGUGACAGAAACAAGAAGCAGAACAAACAGAGGGUUCAGUUUGAGGACAAUGCAGUAGCAGCAAACAGCUACAAUGAUGACGCGGCUGAGUUCACUCCUGUGGACAUUGAAGUCUCAGACAACACACAGAAAGCUGUGAACAACAAGCUUGUAGAUGUGACUCCUCUUCCUCCUGAGUGUCUAAUUCCUCCUGAAACUCACGAGAAGCAAAAAUUCCCACUCAUCAGUGCGAAAGGUGAGAUCUUGUGCAGUCAGAAGGACUUCUGGAUAAAUCGGUUCAUCCCAGGUGAAGAUGGUAUGAUACUCCUCACACCCAGAUUAGCUGGUUCCAGGUCUCUUGUGGAUGACGGUCGACCUCCUGCAGAGCCUCUGCAGCAGCAGCACCAGGAUGCUGAAGCUCCAGCUGAUGCAGCAAUGGAUGUAGCAGAUGUUGAGGGUGGAAGGGGUGAUGCUGCAGAGAACUUCCUGUCUUUAGAGGACAACAACAUGGAGCUGGACCAUGUCGACAGACACCAGGCUUCAGGUGAAGGCAGACUGAUUCCUGAGAGACAACAGGUUGAAGCUGACAAACUGAGGAGCAAGGAUGAGGCACCGGCUGUCAGUAUGUGGACGCACCAUGACCCCUACGUGGUCCUCGGGGAGGACAAACCCUUUAAGUUAGGAAAGGUCUACAGGGUUCCUGAUGGUCUGGAUAACAAAGGAAAGAGGAAAAGAGCUCAGCCUGCUCCACUUCAGGACUUCAGUGGCUGGUUAGAAAGCACCAUUGUUGCAGAUGAUUGCAGACACGCGCUGAAAAACAAACCCACCUUUAAAGGUUUGGACUAUAUAUAUUUGAGCUCACUGAAACACAGACUGGAUGCUCGAAAAAGGAUCCUCAAAGCAGCAGGUGUGGUGGUCUCUGAUGAGGAGCUGAGGAGGACCUACCUGAACGUGGACGAGGACGAGCAGGAGGGGCCUGUGGACCAGUUCAAGCCUGUUGACCCGCUGGGUGGAGAUGAUGAUGAUAAUGGACCUGAAGUGUUUCCCAACAACACUCAGGCCUCAGCUGGAGUGAGCCCAGCUGACUUCAUUUCAACAGAGGCGCUGAGAGAUGAAAUGACUUAUGAAGACCUUGUGCAGCUGCGUGUGGAUCAGUUGGUGGCCAUGUGUCGUGAUUACAACCAGGAAACAGAUCUGUCUCGAAGAGUCAAAGAGUGGGAGGACAGAAUCCGACCAGAACUGGCACUGCAGGAGCAGCAGCCACCAUUCAACAUCCACAAAUAUGGAGACAGGAUUGUGGAAGCACUGGGCAAGGUCAGUCAGCGCAGGUCUUUCUCCUCCAUCGUCUAUGGUCUGGACAACUUGGAAGCCUCCAGAUACCUGCUGGCGUCACUGCAGCUGGCUAAUGACUACACUGUGGAGAUCGACAGUGCUGAGGGUUUGGAACACAGUCUGGACUCAAUGGGACUGACUCUACUUAGCAGUGAAAAAGCUACAGACAGAUUCAAAACGCUGCCAUCAUCGCAGUGAAACGCAAUAAUUUCAACACUGAAGUCAAACAUGUUUGGUGCACUAAGGUUUAUAUGUCAGUUUCUUUUGUCUGCACCCCACACAGUCUCUUAAAAAAUUUGUAAUAAAAAGUUGUCACAC